ACACAAUGCACCUACAGCCACAGCACUCAUUUUGCAUCACUUUCCAUAGCCCACCAUGCAGAGGGUGUAGUUGGGAUCUAACAUGAAACAUAUGAAUGUCUUAUGGUACUUCAGGAUGAUUUAAAACCUUCUCCUGUCAUUUGAAACAUACGAUGAAAUAGCAUGAUGAUUUACAUCGGUGGCAAGGGGUUAAGAAUUUGCCAGCACUCAAAAAUGUGUCUUACACAGUUAUUUGUGGUGCUGACAUUAAAAACACAGAUCCUAGCACCUCGGGCUUCUCUUUGCAAAGAAAUGUCAUUGUAGUAAUAGAUCACAGUGAAGAGCUGGCUCAAUUGAGCCCAGGUAGCAAUGAUCCUGUCAGCUAGCAGACCUUCUCAUAAUUAGAGCAACUGUUGGCCUCCUAAAUUCUUCCUCCUCCACCCAAUCUCUAGACUGGGCAUCAACAGGAAGGCACAAGAUUGCCAAGCAAGAGGAGCCCAGACACAUGAUAGAUUUCAUGGGAAUUUCCUUACUGUAAUUUACCUGGGUUGAAAUUAGUUUUGAGAUUAGAAAUGGGUUGAUAACACAGAUAAUGAAUAGGUCUUUCUAUUCUGCCUACAACAGAUGGUGAGAUACUUGAUUGUGCUAAGCUGUGUCAAAGAGCAAGAGGAAAAGGAGGUUGAGAAGUUCCAGGUUUCUUUUAUUUGGCAUUGGGACUGACUGACACGGAGUCAUGUGGUGUUGGCAAGGAUUGAUGCUACUUCCAACCUGAAACAUGAACUUGCCACAGCUUCUCUCACUUUGAAUACCUUCAAAGUCUUGGCACAACAGCUCUGAUGGUAGCCUCUUACUAUGGCCACAUAGAUUGUGUACGGGAAUUGGUGUUGCAAGGAGCAGAUAUCAAUCUGCAGAGAGAGUCAGGUGCAACUUCUCUGUUCUUUGCUGCACAGCAAGGCCACAACGAUGUAGUGAAGUUUCUCUUUUCAUUUGGAGCCUCCACUGAAUUUAAGAAUAAAGACGGAGGCACAGCUCUCCUGGCUGCCUGUCAGUACGGGCAUGCAAAAGUAGUGGAAACUCUGCUGAAGCACGGCGCCAACAUUCACGAUCAACUCUAUGAUGGAGCUUCUGCAAUUUUCCUGGCGGCACAAGGAGGAUAUCUGGAUGUCAUCCGAUUAUUGCUUUCUUCAGGAGCAAAGGUUAACCAGCCACGACAGGACGGGACAGCUCCCUUGUGGAUUGCCUCGCAGAUGGGUCACAGUGAAGUGGUGCGAGUGAUGCUGCUCCGGGGAGCUGAGCGAGAUGCGGCACGGGAUGAUGGUACAACUGCCUUACUGAAGGCUGCCAUUAAAGGCUACAACAAUGUGAUAGAAGAGUUGCUGAAAUUCUCUCCCACGCUUGGCCUGCUGAAGAAUGGGACCUCUGCUCUCCAUGCAGCCGUCCUGAGCGGCAACGUGAGGACCGUGGCGCUGCUCCUUGAGGCAGGAGCGGAUCCAUGCCUGAGGAACAAGGCGAAUGAAUUGCCAGCAGAACUAACAAAAAAUGAACGCAUCCUCCGACUCCUCCGUGCAAAGGAAAAGCAAAGGAAAAGCUAAUGCAGCCCUAUGGAAGAUGCAGUUUGACAGAGAUAUGCCCUGACCACAAGUAGCAUGACAAUAAUCCUAGGUUGGAACAGUUUGCAGAACUGAUUAGCCUGUCCAGUACACGCUCCCUGAAUGCACCAGGCCCUUGCCACAGGGUGACCACAGGCUGGGGCCUCCACCUGGCAUCGCAGAAUGCAGGACCGUGACAAGAGCAGGA